GCACCCACAAAGGUGACAGUGGAACAGACGGUCAAUAGAGAUGUUGGCCAGAUCAACCUGACAGUCCGUUGGGAAGCGCCAGCACCGUCCGAUGGAUUCAGUAUUACCCAUUACCAUUUGUCAUCAGAACCAGUGAUAUCGGAUUUACCAAAAUCUGUUAGUACGACUGGACCAAUUACAGUUGCCGAUGUGAAUCCUUGUACCUCCUACGUGUUCACUGUUCGAGCCUACGAUGCGAACAUGCAUAUAGCAAGUGAUCCGACCAGUUCCGAAGUGUUUGAGACAAGUGCAUUGGUGCGAACUGCGGUCGAGGGACUGAGCGUGACAAAUGUGGAUCCUCGAACUCAGUCGUUGAGUUGGAAAAAUGCGUCCUUGUCCUGUCCAUUCUUCUAUCGUAUUCAAUAUUGGCCAGAUGGAUUCGAUCAGGAGAAGAAAGUGCUAAUUGCACAUUCCAGUGUUACGUACACCAGUGUCGACUCGUUGAAGCCGGAAACACUCUACCAUUAUCAGAUCCAAGCUAUUGCCAGUCCCGGUCUAAUUGAAGGACCAAUGUCGACGGAAGUGACAAUGCGUACAAUGUCUGAGAAACCGAACGCACCCACAAAGGUGACAGUGGAACAGACGGUCAAUAGAGAUGUUGGCCAGAUCAACCUGACAGUCCGUUGGGAAGCGCCAGCACCGUCCGAUGGAUUCAGUAUUACCCAUUACCAUUUGUCAUCAGAACCAGUGAUAUCGGAUUUACCAAAAUCUGUUAGUACGACUGGACCAAUUACAGUUGCCGAUGUGAAUCCUUGUACCUCCUACGUGUUCACUGUUCGAGCCUACGAUGCGAACAUGCAUAUAGCAAGUGAUCCGACCAGUUCCGAAGUGUUUGAGACAAGUGCAUUGGUUACAAAUGAAAUCCGAGAACAGAAACAAGCGCAGUUCCGUUCCACCGAAUUGAAGAGUUGGCGCCAAUACAAGUACGAGGUCCAACUGAUAUCCGGUGACCAGUACAGCAAACCAUCUGUGAUAGAAGAUUGUACAACAGCACCGGAACCGGUUGCUCCAAGCUAUUUGUCACAAUUACUACAACUUGGCUUCAAUCUGACCAUGCCUACGGUGACUGGGAGCACAAUUUCACUCAAUUUGAAUUUAGACGCUCUGCAAACCACAGAUAUGGAAAAUCUGACUCUUCGUGUUCAGCCCAAAUCAGAAUUGAAUGGCAUUCCAGAAGUGUUCUCUGACAACGUCCCCGAUGCACAGUCCUGGGAGGAUAGAAAACGGACAGGCAAAGGACCAUGGGAUAUUCUGAUAAGCACAUCACGAAUGCGAUCCGUGAGCCAGCAGACGCACUCAAUUGUGCUCGGUGAACCCCAGUGUAAUACCUCAGAGUAUUGCAAGAGUGUGCCGCUCUACGUGAUGCUGGCACUUGUCAACAGUUGUAUGCUCGCGCUGGUUGGCCUAGCCGCUUUAUUCUUUUUCCGACAACCAAAACAGUUACCUGUUGCAACCGUAAACGCCCCGGUGGAGAACAAGCCACCGGAAGUAAUUACUCCUAUCAUCUUGGAUGAACCAAAUAUCCCUGUUGAAUCCUUCGCCGUGCCGAUCGAUGAGUUUCCUAACUAUGCACAACAAUGUCUUGAACCGAAUGAUAAAACAUUGGAAAAUCAAUACGCGAAAAUUCAAGCAGCAAGUGCCAAGAACGAAGCAAAUGGAAUCUUAACUAAAAAUGAUGCUUCUUCAGCAAACAAUCGAGCUCUGAAUCGCUAUAAGGAUAUUUUGCCAUUCGGUUCCAAAGUAUUAACGAUGGAUCGCAAAACGGUGCGAUUUAUUGCCACCCAAGCCCCGUUGGAAAACACGUUUGGUGAUUUUUGGAAAAUGGUACUGGACCAGGACGUGUCAAUUAUUGUGAUGCUAACAAAUCUGCAAGAAGCGGGUGUAACAAAAGCGCAUCAAUACUGGCCACCAGAUGAGAGGGAGACUAAAAUAUACUCCAGCAAUGGGACUGACAUUGCAGUCACUUUGCGGUCGGAAAUCUCGGAAGAAGAUGCCAAUACACAUCGAAAUUCCGUAUGCAUUGUCCGCAAAUUCAGCGUUGUCUCGGCCGCGGAAUCCAAUGUCGUUACAGUUACCCAGUUGCACUUCAUCAAUUGGCCUGAUCACGGUUCUCCGACAGUGACUGACUUUGAACAGUUGAUGAAAACUUUUCAUCAGUUGCAGCGCAACACAAAGAGUGGAGACAAGGUAACGCUGGUUCAUUGCAGCGCCGGAGUCGGGCGGACGGGAACGUUUAUCACAGCGGACAUUCUGCUUCGUUGUUUGAAAGCAGGAGAUCGUUGGGUUGAUAUCGGUGGAAUUGUUCAAAACCUUCGUUUAUGUCGCAUGUGCAUGGUCCAGAAAUCGAAUCAGUAUGAAUUUCUGCAUCAGUAUAUGGCCAAAAUGAUCGAUGAAAGCAAAUAA